GAACUUGCCCCAGAGGAAAUUGUCGAGGGCACAACCCCACUCAAGGUCGACUUUCACAACCCAGCUGAGCUGGAGAAGGUCCUUCAGGGCGUCCAUACUGUUCUCUCGUUUGUGGUUGUUCAAAAUGACCCCGAUGGCAUCGCUCAAAAGACUCUCAUCGACGCCGCCAUCGCAGCCGGAGUCAAGCGCUUCGCUCCGAGCGAGUGGUUUAUUGCUCGCUACACUCAUCUCCGGUGGGCCGCCAGCAAGGUGGCCAUCCGCGACUAUCUCGGAGAAAAGAACAAGGACGGCAAAGUCAUCGAGUACUGUCUGUUCCAGCCUGGCAUAUUCACUGACUACCACGCCAACGAGAACAUCAACAAGCAUCUCAAGACGAACGACUUCCUCCCCAUUGACUUUGCAAACCACAAGUUGCUCGCUCCCGGGAGUCUCAAACCCCGCUUGACGGCCACCACAGUCCGGGAUGUCGCCAACAUCGUCGCAAAGGCAAUCGAAUACGAAGGCGAGUGGCCAAAGAUUGGAGGCAUCGCGGGUGAAACACUUACGCUCGCCGAGGAGCUAGCGAUUGGGGAGAAGAUAAGAGGCAAGAAAUUCGAAGUUGAGCUGCUGGAUGUUGAUAGCCUCAGAAAAGGAGAAUGGAACGGUUCGUGGGUCAAACCACUUGAGCACCCCUCGAUUCAACACCUUGACGAGGAGACGCGGGCGGCCUUCUCCAAGGCGGCGUUUUCGGGUUUUCUGCUUGCGUUGGUGGAUGACGAGUUGGUGGUAUCGGAUGAGUGGAACCGCAUCUUCCCCGACUACAAGUUUACAGGGAUCGAGGAAUUCGUCUCGAAGUUUUGGGCCGGGAAGCCGUAG